GUAGCGCCAAACGCCGCGCUUGUACUGACCUUCUUCACCAUCACACUGUCGCUGUGGCCUGGGCUCAUCUCGGCGGUGCCGUGCUAUUCCAACCCCAAAUGGACUGGGGAUUGGUGGCCCGUGAUUCUGUUGCUGAUCUUCUCAGCCACAGACACGCUGGGCCGUUUCUGUGUGCCCUAUCGCAUGGGCCUGACCGCCUCCAAUAUCUGGAUCCCAAUCUUCCUGCGAGCGCUUCUUAUACCCUGUCUGAUCAUGGUCGUCAAGGGUGUUGUGUAUGUAAUGUGUUGUGUAUGUAAUGUGUUGUGUAUGUAA